GCGACUCGGGAGAGUGGGCAGAGAAAAUAAAACCGCUUUCUGAACCAGAUAGAAGCUCCGUACAUUUGUUUUACACUAUUCGUGUUGUGAAGUUUACAAUGGAGCUGUCAGGAGACCAGCUCAAAGUAGCUGAAGCACAACUGAGAAGAUACUUACCUCGGUCACAGCAGGUUUACGGUUUCCUGGUUCUCAGAAACCGUGUAAGAUCAGAUCCCGUCCAGGUUUUAGUGGACAAAUGGCCAUUGUUCAGCGUCAUUAUCUGCAGACCACAGAAUGAGCAGAACAGUGAUCACUUCAAAGACAUCCUGGUUUUUUCGAAAGAUGAAGCUAUUCUAGAAGAAAUCAUAAGAUGGCCUUCCGUAAUUGACUGGAGCAAGUAUAUUUGUCUGGGUAAUAGAAACGUACUAUAUUUCACCCUGUUAAAAGCUAGGUGGUCUCCCAUAGACCUACCUAACACAGAUCUAUCCCCCCUGAAUUGUGCUGUAAACUGGCAUUGACUUAAAAGUUGCUCUUUAAGUUCAAAGUCCUCCCAUGGCUCUGAUUAUGAAUUUGAUUUCACAAAGUUAUUGCAUGGCCUUUAUCUACUCACCUCAAUAGGUUAUGAGGACAAAGAUCAGAACCAAUGUCUAACACAGGCAAAGGUUUUUUAAAAAUGACAAUGGCCAACAAAAACCUUAUGUUUUCCUUUCCAGUAACAUCAGAUUUUUUAUUUAUCAUCUAUCAGACAAACGAGAAAGAAAAAUAUUGAGUUUUAACUCCUGUUUAAUGAUACUAACACACCAAUGCACAUAAAGUCCAACCCGUUUCUGCUUUUAUUGCUUGUGUGUAAGGGACCAGUCUGCCUAACAUGGAGAUCAUCAAAGCAGUGGCGUCAGAAAACAACGUGCCCAGCACCAAACUGGCAGUGUGCCGCAUGAUGACACUGGAGGACGUAUCUAAACUCCCCGCCACCGACUGGUAAAGCUAGCUCCACAGUACAUCCACGUAUUAAUCACAGGCUUUGGCUGGUCUUAACCUUUACAAAUGAAACAUUUCUUAAAUAAAAUGCACUAAAAAUCCAUGUGCUCUCUCCUGCACCAGCUCCGGGGUUUCGCUGGGCUCCUUGGAUGAGUCGCACCUUGGCUUGGUCAAUCAGACAUGGAAGUUUGGAAAGAAUGAGGGAGCUUCACGGAUGAUCCGCAAUAUGAUUGCAAACUUCCCCUCGUGCUGUGUGCUGGAUGCCGAUGGAAAGCCGAUAUCCUGGAUCUUAACCUAUGCGUCUUGUGCCAUGGGGAUGCUGUACACCAUGCCGGAGCACAGAGGGAGAGGCCACGCCAAAGUCCUCAUCCGCUGCAUGUCCCGGAGGCUCCGGGCUCAGGACUACCCGGUGUUCUGCUUCAUAGAGGAGGAGAACAGCGUCUCCUAUCAGCUCUUUAAGAACAUGGGCUUUACUGAAGCCCCCUCACACAGAGAAGCAUGGUUUGGAUUUAAUGACUCUGGAGUAUUUUAAUGGAAUGCAAAAUAUAUGUUUAAAAAUCCACCGGUUAGGUUAAAAAAAAUAUUCUUUUUUGUCAAAGAGUUUUUUGUUGAGUUUUGUUGCAAAGAAUAACAUCGAUCAGCAUGAGUAGUGACUCAGAUGUGGGGUUAAGCAGCCCUCUUACUGGAGUAUUUAAUAUCUUUACAGUAAACACUGCAUGUCAGCAGACCUCUACACACACAUCAUCUUUUUUCUGGUGAAGAACUCGGUGGAUGACUGGAUUUUUGCUCUGUGAAGUCUUCCAGGCGCAGCAACCAAGCUCUCCAGUAUUCAGACAUCAGCUCUGAGUUGAGCUGGUGAGCAUGGGCGGGCGAGCCAUCUUUGUAGGCCACAACAAUGAGUCCAUUUUCAACCUACAGAAGUUUUUAUCAUUAUUUAAGGCCCCAGCGUAGGCUGCCACUUGAACAGGGUUGUCGUAGGUGUUGCUCAAAAAGGGUUUGGGUUUUUCUGAGGUCUUCCAAUCAAUAACACAUAGUACGCCCCUGCAACGAGCUACACAAUCCACGAUUCCCAAGUAGUUCAACGUCUCGUGUUGCACAGUGCUUUCGAUGGCCCUCACUGCACCCACGUCCUCCAGUAUGUGAGAUAUGCUCUCCAUGUAGCCUUGCACUUCAGGUGGAUAUUCAGGGGUCUCUGAAGGAGCUGUUGCGGCCGAAGUCAUGUAGUCCUCCAGAGCUGAAUGGAAAUGCUUCCCUUGUCUAAAUAUAUUUCGGCUGUAUUCUUUGAAGCCCUCCUCUCCAAGUUCUGAGAUCAUCCUCCUCUUCCAUCUCUCCAGGUAGAAGAUCUGCUCUGGAGAAAGUGUCUGCUGAAGAACCCGCGUCACACUCGGUACAGAAGACCUACCCUGUCCCCGAUUUAACGGAAUCCGGACUGGGGUUUCUGGUUCUGGCUCUUCAAUUUCUGGAGUCCGUUCGUAGUCAAAGAAAGGAUGGGUAGUUUUGGGUACCCUCCUCUCAGUAUGUGUGGGCAUUUGAGCUUUAACUACAGGUCCAUAAAUGUGCUCGUCUUCUGCUUGGAGGGUCUCGGGAGUUUGGGAGCUAACCCUGGAUGACAUAACAGCUUUAACAAGAGAAGAGUAGCGUUCACUGUCGACUGAGCUGUAAGGACUGUUUCUUUUGGGAGAUAUCAGACAAGGGCAAGCAAAAAAGUGCAUCACGGGGAGGGAGGCGGUCUGUGGGGCAAUGAUGCCGCCAACAAACAAAACACGAUUCAGAAUGAACAUUCUGGUUAUUUUCACAAAACAAACUCAAAGGGCUAACCUUUUAACUCACUAACAGCAUAGAACUCUCGUAGUUUCGAGUUUGUGCAAACUAAAAACAAAAGUUUUGAAUUCGUUUAGCGCAGAUACUUGCCCUAACAUGUUCCAGUAAAUUUCGUCCAAGCAAACUCUAGUUUCUAAACGACUCGCCUUUUUGGUGGCACAAAUCCCUUACGGCUGGGACUUGAAGUUUCGAGCACGACCUAAUGGCUACAUUUGUCCCUGUAUAAACUACAAUACCCAUACGAAGCAGUGUAGCUUUUAAAUAUAUCCGUGUGGUCAUGGACUUGGAACUAUUAGGUGAGAAUAAAGCUAAGAGUUGUCAUUUCCAUUUUCUUAUUUCUUCCAUUGAACCAUACUUUUUCGUAGCUUCACAAACUUACAAGAUUAUUAUUGUCAAAAAUGUUUUUUCGAGGAGCGGCUACGGUACUAUGAUAUGAUUGAGAAGUUUCAUAACCAAUCCCAAAGUGCGUUGGAUUGGAAGUAACCAAUUAUAUCAAUUCAAGACGGAAUGGGGCGGAUCUUUCGUCAUCAGGAUUGGGGCGGCGGAAAAACGAUUUGACAGUUGUUAGGCUGCUAACCAGCCACCGAGAAGACGUCUUCCUGCAAAUAGUUUUGUUAAAUAGGUUGGCUUUGGUUUUGCUAUUUCAAUACCAUCAUGACAACCCUAGACGAAAAUAGUAAGGAAAAGUUGCGCUCUGUGUCUGUGGACCUGAACAAUGACGCCUCUCUUCUCAUUGACAUCCCCGAUGCACUCUGCGAAAGGGACAAGGUCAAGUUCACGGUCCAUACAAAGACCACACUUAGCUCUUUCCAGAAGCCAGAGUUCUCUGUGCCACGUCAGCAUGAAGACUUCAUCUGGCUGCAUGACACCCUGGUUGAAACCGAGGACUAUGCUGGCCUAAUAAUCCCCCCAGCUCCUCCUAAGCCUGACUUUGAGAGCCCAAGAGAGAAGAUGCAGAAACUGGGCGAAGGUGAAUCCACUAUGACCAAGGAGGAGUACACUAAAAUGAAACAGGAGCUGGAGGCCGAAUACCUGGCCGUAUUCAAGAAAACUGUCCAAGUGCAUGAGAUCUUCUUGCAAAGACUGUCCUCUCACCCCAUUCUAAGCAAAGACAGAAACUUCCAGAUUUUCUUAGAGUAUGACCAGGAUCUCAGCGUGAGGAGAAAGAAUGCCAAGGAAAUGUUUGGAGGAUUUUUCAAAAACAUGGUUAAGUCAGCUGAUGAGGUUCUCAUCUCAGGAGUAAAGGAAGUUGAUGACUUUUUCGAGCAGGAGAAGACAUUCUUGCUCGACUACUACAGCAAGAUAAAAGAUUCCACUGCGAAAGCAGAGAAGAUGACUCGCUCGCACAAAAAUAUUGCAGAUGAUUACAUCCACAUUUCUGCCACUUUGAAUGCAGUCUCUGCUGAAGAUGGCACUGGAAAUAAGAAGACCCUGGACAGACUGUCAGACUUGUUUGAGAAGUUGCGAAAAGUGGAGGGGAGAGUCGCUUCUGACCAGGAGCUGAAGCUGACCGAGCUGCUAAGAUACUACAUGAGGGACAUCCAGGCUGCUAAGGACCUUCUGUACAGAAGAGCCCGGGCAUUAGCCGACUAUGAGAACUCUAACAAGGCUUUGGACAAGGCUCGACUGAAAAGCAAAGACAUUCCCCAGGCAGAGGAACACCAACAGCACUGCCUGCAGAAAUUUGACAAGCUCUCAGAAUCUGGGAAGAAAGAACUCACCAGCUUCAAGGGCAGACGUGUCAUGGCCUUCAGGAAGAACCUCAUAGAAAUGGCUGAGCUGGAGAUUAAACAUGCCAAGAACAAUGUGACUUUAUUGCAAGGAUGCAUUGAGCUGCUCAAGAGCAACUGACCAGUUUACUGAUAUUUAUGUUUCACCAUCACAAAGUGACCAGUCAGCAAAUGGAAACCCGGCAUCAGGGGGGCUUUGCGUGUACAUGACUCCAAGCUCCGUGUCUGAAGCCACCUGCGUCUGAAACAACUUUAAACCCCACUGUAAGCCUAAAUAUCUGGUAGACAUAACGGCUCCCUGUCUACAGAGACCCUGUCACCUGACCUGCGGCCCAUCCUUUUUCUUUGGAAGUCUAUUCCAAUGUCAGUCUCUGGAGAACAAGACUUCCAGCAUGAAGGUCUUCCAUAUUUAUGCUGCAUUUAUGAAUGUGACAUGCCUCAAUUUCUCAUGUUUGGUAUACACUUGGUGCACAUCUUGCCUUUGUUUCAGAUUAUUUUUCUGGGUCAAAUGUUUGCCUCCUUUCUGGUUCUAGCUUACCCACAAAUACACUAUUUGACUUUUUCUAGACUUGGAUCAUUUUUUUGAGCAUCAACAAAUUCAAUCAAUUUUGUAUUUAGUAAAAAAAAGAAUUUGUUAUGGAUUAUAGAUGUUUUCUGUUUUUUUCUGCUGCAUUUGUGUGAUGUAAUCAGCAGCUCAUUCAUCCCAUCUAACUGCCUAUUUAUUUACUUUACAUGAAUUCACAUUACAUUAUUUUCUUUCUCCUUUGUGUUACUGAUGGUUUUUCACACAUUAUGCCACAUCCCAUAAACAGUUUGUUUAUAAAAAAAAAGAUGCACUAAGAAGAUUAUUGAUUUCCCUCUACAAUCACGACCAAGCUCAGUGGAGUGUUAAAAUGCAUUGUAGUUUUAUAAGUAAUUACAUUUAUUUCUUUAAAAAAAAAAUCCAACUGUGCAAAUUUCUUUUCAUGAAUCUUUUCUUACAGAACCUUUUAUAAAUUUGUAAUAAUGACAUUAAAUAGAUUCUACUUUCCUGA